AUGCUUUGUCCAGGGCUCCUCUCCCACCGUCUGUCUCCAGCGGUGAAAACACAGAUUAGUAUUCGUACUCUUGCAACCGCCUCUCGAGCACCUUCAGAAAACCAUGGGCGCUGGCUCUCCGACACCAAGAGACGACUUGGUAAGCUUUUUCUACAUGGGACAACCGCCGAAGAGACGAGAGAAGCAAGCGAUAUCCUGAAGGAUUUAACCAAGAACUGGAGGGACUACGUCGCUGCCAGCGAAGGGUUUUUGACGGGAGAAACAAGGAGAGGACUUUACAGACACAACGUCGUUUGGGGCGAUAUGGUACUGCGAAUCUUCUGGAAACCUUUUGAAGGAAGCUCGAGGCUAAUGUUCAUAUUAUAUGAAUCAGGACUCAAUGCACAUGUGAACAAUGUUACCUAUGCUCGCUGGGCUGAAGCCUCACGGAUUAACUGGGCCUGGAAUAUUGCAAAGCAUCAUGAUCCACAAAACCUGAAGCCUUGGUCACAAUUGUGGACUCCGAAGGGUUUGGGUCUAAUUCUAAAGAGCAUCAGGGUGGACUAUAAGUUUCCAGUGGAGUGGCCGGACAAAGUCACAGUCUAUCACAAGCUCGGGGAUGUCUCAACGACUUCAUUUACCCUUGAUGUUAUUAUACUAUCCGAGAAGCAUCAACGUCCCGCCGCAAGAUGCCACGAAGACAUUGUUGUAUACAACUACCAGCCCGCGGACAAGACUCAAUUACCUGGAAAGGCACAUAUACCGGAUUUUAUGGAAGCACAGUUUGACGAAACUUUGAGAUUGCAGAAGGAGGCCAAGGAAGAUGCAUUGGAGAAUAUAAGGGAUAUAAGUAAGAGAGUUGAGGGGCUAGAGAUGAGGGUUUUAGGUAGGCAAGAGAUGACUUAA